CUAUAUUUGGAUGAUACGAUUUACAACUUUCCUUGCAAUUAACAUAUCAGGUUCUCAAAUCAAUAAUACCGUUCACACUUCACAUAACCUCUAAAAGAACGUACUUAUAGCUAGCAAACUGUAAUUUUCAAGUCGUAAGUGGUAACCAUCAAAAAAAUUAUCAAAUCGCAUAGAUAUUUCACAACUGACAACACGAUAUAACAUUUUAUUUUCAAAAAUAUCAUCGCAUCCAUGAUCCAUCAAACUACAAUGGAAUGUCGACUAGUCCAAGUCCAACAACUAAAAAACACUUGUAAACACAUUUUCGCAAAAACCUAUGAACAUUUUACCAAAACCCCACGUUUUUUUCAUCUUAGACCAUAAAGUCGUGCAUGUAAAUGUAAUGCAAUAAGUUCGGAAAGAAGGCCCAGCUGGACCGUGGCCUUUCCCAUUUGUCUUUCACACUAACUGGCCAAACUACUUUCGUCUCUGCCUAGCUAGGCCCAUCUAGCUUUGAUCUAGCCGCUGAGACUGAGAUCCAUCAUUUUAUCAUCAUCUCCAUCAACAGUUUACGCUCUGUUGUGCUAUAUAUAUUGAAGGAGCUCGAGAGCGUGAAUUUGCAGUAAUCUCUUCGUCACUUCCUUUGCCAUAAUUCAAAUGGACAAGAUACAGCACACAACGGUGCCGACCAACGGCAUCAAAAUGCACGUUGCCUCCAUCGGCACCGGCCCACGCGCCAUCCUGUUCCUCCACGGCUUCCCGGAGCUGUGGUACACGUGGCGGCACCAGCUCCUCUCCCUCUCCUCCCUCGGCUACCGCUGCAUCGCCCCGGACCUCCGGGGCUACGGCGACACCGACUGCCCCGCUCCGGCGGCCCAGUACACGUCGCUCCACAUCGUGGGCGAUCUGGUGGGCCUGCUGGACGGGCUGGGGAUCCAGCGGGUGUUCUUGGUGGGCCACGACUGGGGAGCCAUCAUCGCCUGGCACUUCUGCCUGUUUAGGCCCGACAGGGUCAAAGCUCUGGUCAACACCAGCGUCCCCUUCACGCCUCGCCACCCCAAGGCGUCGCUGCUCGCCGGGAUGAGGGCCGUCUUCGGCGACGACUUCUAUAUGUGCAGGUUCCAGGAAGUUGGGGAGGCGGAAGCUGACUUCGGGGCGGUGGAAACAGGGAAGCUACUGGCCAAGAUACUGACCUCCAGAAACCCGGACCCGCCGUGCUUGCCCAAGCACGUCGGUUUCAGAGGCAUCCCCGACCUUCCGGCCCUGCCCUCGUGGCUCACCCAGCAGGACAUCGACUACUUCGCCUCCAAAUUCGACCGCACCGGAUUCACCGGUGCGCUCAACUACUACCGAGCCAUCGACCUAUCGUGGGAGGUGAUGGGGCCGUGGACAGGGGCGAAAGUGACCGUGCCGACGAAGUUCAUAGUGGGAGAGCUGGACAUUACACUCAAGUUCCCAAGGAUGAAGGACUACGUUGUUGGUGGCGGGAUGAAAGCCGACGUUCCUCUGCUGGAGGAGGUGGUUGUGCUCGAGGGCGUGGCUCACUUCCUCAACGAAGAGAGCCCUCAACAAGUCACCAACCAUAUUCACGACUUCUUCAAGGACAAGUAGUAGUAUUCUUGUUGUAUUUUUAUUUUUAUUUUUAUUUUUUAAUUUCGGUCGGGGAUUGCAGAUUGCUUGGGGUAUUUCUGUCGUUUCGUGCACUAUAAAAUGGUGAAAAGGCGAAUAAAAAGGAAGUCAGCUAAAAGGACGACCCUGGCCUGCCCUCCAUUAACAAUAAAACAAUGUAGCAGUAUGUACUUGUUGUUAGGGGGAAAAAAGACCUCACAUGUUCAUCAUGUUAAAAAUAACGCCGCGAUGCAAUAGGCGAAGCUAAUCGAGUGCGAAAUUGUGUGAUUGACGAUCUGCGAAGAAAUAUGGAUGGAAUUUUAGGAUGUUAAUGGUGUUUUACGAGUUGCUGGAAAGUACCAUCUAGAGAAGUACAACGAUGCGGUCUAGAGAGAUCUGAUUUCAGAUCUUGCUUAUCUUCUACUCUCCUUUCCAAAAUCUACCUCAUUACUCUUACCUUGUAGAUCUUGGUGGUUCGAAGUUGCAGCCAUUGAUGACGGAUGCAGUCUAGAGAGCUUGAAGACAGAAGAUCGUCUCCCCUCUGCUUCCUUCUUUAUCAGACCGUUUGAGUUUGUUUGGCUUUCCCUGGGGUUCAUGCGGCGGGAGGCCAACGUUCGAGCGGCUUGGAGUGGGGGAAUGAGUUAGGGUGGAUAUUAGUUUUUUAGUAACCAUUGUGGCUACCUAUAUCUAAACCUUUCAUUAGCUCUAUUUUUUCCUUUUUUUAAAAUGACGGUCAAGAUUAAAUUAAGGAUAAUUUGGGAAUCAAAAUAUUAUCACACCAGAUUAUUACCUAUAUUUAUAACCUACCUUUUCCAACCCUACCUCUACCCUCUCCACCCUCCCACCUCCCGCCGUCCGCCUCCCUCACCCUCCCGCCGCCUUCAGCUCACCCCACCCAUCCUCCCUUCCCGCCGGCCGCCUCCAUCAUCCUCCCGAAGGUCAGAAAGAUUAAAGUUAAUAGGCAGAU